AGAACACUCGCGUCCUUCACCAAUGAGCAUCAGAGCAUUUGGGGAAGAUACAAACCUCUGGCUCCAUCCUCGCGAUUCGUUCUUUGCCUCGGAGGAGACACCGGUUUUCUAUGGUCAUGCGAGUCCGAACGCGACCGGCGGAGUCUCGUAUGUUGAGAAAAAAAAUGCAAUGAAACGUGUGGGACGACUUUUCGAAAGUCGAAGAUAUUCCGCCUCGUUGGUCAUUGGCUCAGACACAUAUGACCGACCAACAGUCAACGGGAACAUAAGAUUGAGAAGAGAUAUAGCCCUCGUCAUCAGAUCCCUGCCUGAGCACGUGGUUCAAGAUCAUUUGAUAAAACAACGUCGAUCAACCGGAGAAAAAAAUGACGAUAACAAUAUUUCGAGAUCCGCGCGUCACGUUGCGUUGAAGAUGAAAAACUAUUACCCAAAUAAUAUUGGCAAUAUCGAGGCAUUGAAAAAAAUAAUCGGACAUAGAGAAUCGACGAGCGACGUAAGUUUGAGCAAUGACGAUGCCAGCAGCACCGUCGAUUAUCCUCAAACGAUAUAUCCAAAAAUUUUCGUACAUCUUGACCAUACCUAUUGGCGCGAUGACAAUUCAAUGGAAAUGAUCUGGGCACUCGAAUAUGUUUUGGCUUUUUGGAACGGAGUCGAUUUGUCUUAUCGUCAUCUACAGAAACCCAACGUCAGAUUCCAUAUUGCCGGCAUCGCGCUAGCGCGGUCACCCAAUGCGACACCGUUCAUCGCUGCGACUAAGGUCGGAGAACGAUUCGACGAUAAACUUGCGAUCUACAAAGCGACGCGCUUCUUUUGGGACGUAAAGGAAAGCAUUCCGCCUCACAACAUUGCUGCUACAAUGACUCAGCUCAAGAUGAAAACGGGUUACGUGGGCAGGGCGUACAAUAAAGGUGCAUGCAAGGAUGGCUCGACAGAAAAGAGGUCAUGGGGUGCGGCUAUCAUUUACGACAACGGAGGUUUCCGUGGCAUUGACACCGCGGCUCAUGAAGUAGGACAUACUUUGGGUCUGGUCCACGAUGAUCUCACGAUAGCUUUGGAAUGCGAUGAAAAAUAUGGCUUCAUCAUGCAGCCCUACGAGACUCGUACAGAAAACAAAUCAACCUUCUCCAGCUGUUCCCUGGCACAAUUCAAUAAAAAACUCAAGGCGGGAUCACUCAAAUGUAUGUAUGAGCCACCACAAAAAAAACUCAAAAAUCUACCUCAAAUAAUGCCCGGCAGACUGAAGAACAUGAACGAACAAUGUAUGGCUGCGGGCAAAAAAAAUGCCUGUGACAAUCCUGAGAGAGAUCCCUGCGUCUCACUGAGCUGCUUCGGAAACUUCACCGUAAACGGAGAAAGCGUGGAAAAAUGUGGUGAAAUUGAUCAACCGGCAGCGCCAGGAUCACUCUGCUCAAAGAAAGAUCGGAAACCCGGGUUCUGUCUCCAGCAUCGGUGCGUCAGUCUGUAGACGGUCGCACGAUCAUCAAUGGAUUCCCCGAGAUAUUAUUUUUCACCGGAAUCAUCGCUCAAAUUGGACGAGUGUCGUGUGAUGACAAUUUACCGUUGUCAUCAUAACCAGUGCACAAUUCGUCGUACGACAAAACGUUUCUGGGCUACGAAAAUGACAGCACUCGUAGAGUCUCCAAAAUUUUUUCGUACGAUGACUAAAAAUAAAAACCACCUUUCGA